AUGUCAUCGUCCGCUGAUAAUUCGAUAUGGCGACUAAACUAUAACAACACUAGUCCCUUCAGCAAAUCAUGGAGCAUUGCUUUGAUAUGCAUUUACGCUUUGAUUGUCGCUGUAUCGCUGGUUGUCUCUUACGUUAUCAAUCGCACAUACGAAUCAUGUUACAGCACUUAUGACAAGACGUACGAUGCUGAACGAUGCAAUGCAACUCAACUAUCCAUUGGACAACGUUUAUAUUCUGCCAAAUUUGCUUAUUCAAUCAUGAAUCCAUUUAACUAUACACAACAGCCCCUCUCAUGCACACCCAACAUGGAUGAUGGCACUACCCUUGUUUUUUAUACAACCCCUUUUAUACCCGAGCUGAAGUAUAAUAUCACCGUCAACUGCCAAGACGGUCUCAACAUGUCCCUGGUGGAUCACACUCUAUGGUCCAUGAACCUCAUUGUGCGCGAUUGGACAAACACGAUCCGUGACAACUACCGCUGUACUCGACAACACACUCUUUGCUGCACCGACACAACCAACACAACAUGCGCAUACGAUUGCUCAUCGUCUUCCGAUGCCGAGGACAUUGUGGCACUCCAAAUCAAGAACCCACAGACAACGACCUUUAAUAUAUACUCUGCGUCCCAUCAAUGCCAUACAGACUUGACACAAAACAUGACCAGUGAACUAGCUACUAUGAUUCAAGAGGAUAUUCCAUCCAUCGACAUCCAGGCACCUUUUCAAUGCCGCGUGUGCUCGAAUCUUGAUAGGGAAGGAUGGGCUCUCUUUUGGCUGAUGGUGGUGGGAUGCAUAUCCAUCGUCUCUUUUGGUCUACGGGUGAUAACUGUCAUUGCAAAGUUCAUUUUUGUGGGAAGAUUGGAAGAUUCAGCUCGACAAUCUAGAGUACUUGGCGAUUUGGAGCUCGCUCGAAUGCAGCAACAACAACAACAACAAUCAUCUUUUGGACAGCAACAAGGCUCAAAGAACGAAGACGAUUAUUCGUCUACCUCCAUGCUACUUAAAUCCUCUUAG